GACGACGACUUUCGCAGGACACUUGAGUGCAGCCAGGACAUCGAACGAAAUUACCGGCACGUUAUCGACAAGAUUGUCAUCUGCGACAACAUCGAGGUGACCUUUGUCCGACUGAAAGAACUGCUGGACGGUCUACUGGAGAAGCCGCAAUGGGUUCCCGCAAAGUUGCUCUAUUAAAUCAUCCAUGA